GUUGACUGAUUUGAAGAUAGCGAACGAACGUGAAACACACAUGUUUCAUUUGAUUUUGUUUGGAAACUUAAAAGUUGUGUAUUUUAUUAUAAAUACCACGUGUUUACUGUAAAAAAUGGGAAAGAUUAAGAAGCAGAAAGUUAAAGUCGCAGAGGUUGCAAAAGUGGAAGAUGUUGUUACAUUGCCACCUAAAAGAAUGUCUGAUGACCCUUUGCCGAAACAAGUAAAGUGGAUAAACAGGCAAAGAGUGUUAGUAUUUGCUGCUCGGGGUAUCAAUCAUCGACACAGGCAUCUCAUGGAGGACAUCAAGAGACUGAUGCCUCACCACAAAACAGAAUCCAAGAUGGAGAGAAGCAAAAAUCUUUAUGUUGUUAAUGAAAUCAGUGAAAUGAAGAACUGUAACAAAUGCCUGCUAUUUGAAGGCAGAAAAAUGAGAGAUUUGUAUUUGUGGAUGGCUAAUAUUCCUAAUGGCCCAUCUGUUAAGUUUUUGUUGGAAAAUAUUUACACCAUGGCGGAGUUAAAAAUGACUGGGAAUUGCCUGAAGGGCUCCAGGCCCCUGCUGUCUUUUGACCCACAAUUUACGAAGGACCCUCAUUACAGCCUACUGAAGGAACUUCUUAUCCAAAUAUUUGGGGUUCCAAAUCAUCACCCCAAGAGUCAGCCCUUCUUUGACCAUGUCUACACAUUUAUGAUUCUUGAUGGGAGAAUUUGGUUCCGCAACUAUCAGAUUCUCUCUGAAGAUGGUGCCUUGGCUGAAAUUGGGCCUAGAUUUGUACUAAAUCCAGUAAAAAUAUUUUCUGGCUCUUUCGGUGGUGCGACUCUGUGGGAAAACACCAAGUAUGUGAGUCCUGCCAAGUUGAGGCAAGCGUUCUCACGCAAGGCAGCCAACAAAUACGAGCACAGAGUGGAGAAGAAGGCAGUGUAUGAAGCCACCAAACCAGAGACUGGCUACCCAGACAUAGAAGGACCUGACUUCUUCAAAGGAAAUCCCAUGGAAAAAGCUCAGGAAGCUCUUAUAAAAGAAGAAAUAAAAGAAGAAGUGGAGUCUAUGGAUGAAGAUGAGGACCAGGCUCCUAAGAAGCCGCUCGUCAGUCUGAAGAAGAAUAAAACUAACCCUGAGAAGACUAUCAGGCGCAAGCAGCUUAAGGCUAAGAGCAAGAUUAUUUCCGAUCAAAUUAAGAAAAGGAAACAGUUUAAGAAGAAGAAACCAAUUAAGAAGUGAUUUGGAUUUGAAUUAAUAAAACUUUAACUAUGA